AUGGACGCCUCAUCCAAGGCCGAUGGCGCAAACGACGCACUUUUCCAGUCCGCGGCCUGCAGUUUCAACUUCGAGCCUUACUGCCGGGCGUCUGCUUUGCCCAGUCCCGCACCUGAGUUCUGCCUCAACGACUCAGAACCUGACUCACCCGCGAAUGCGAAUUGGGUGUACCGUCUCGGCCCAACCAGAGCCUUGAGCACAAUCAGUUGCGAGACAGCGCAGACCUCGUCAUCGGCCGGCUCGCUGCUUUCUCCCGUCCAGACCGACCGGAGUGAUACACUGACUGCCCGUGGCAGCCGGUCCAGAGGGCCAAGCCCUUUGGGACGUCGCAGUCGGACCAGCACUGACGACAGCUGUACGGAGCCGCUGCUUUGCCUCGGCCCCCGGUGCGUACAGACAUUCACUACCGAGGACGAAUUGAAAGCACACGUUGAGGCUGUCCACACCUAUUCAUGUAACUGGGCUGGCUGCGAUCAACCGAGCUUUGCUUCUCGUGAUGGCUUGAUCUGGCAUGUUAAAGCAGAGCAUCUCCUCGUGUGUCCCUCUCAAGGCUGCACAGAAUCCUCAUUUCAAAGUAUUCGUCUUUUGCGGUCGCACAUGGAUAUAUCCCACUCCAAGGCUGAUGGUGGUGUCAAGGAGUGGCAACUCACACCCACACUCCCUGAUGACCACGCGUCGAUGCAACACACCGACUCGCCACAAGACGUGAAACCUGUGCCCGCCAAGGAAGGAAAGGCCCCCGAGGGCUCGGAGCAGGCCAUUUCUCAAAUGCUCCCCUCCGUCAAUUUGGCCAAGACGAAGUACCAAGACCAGCUUAGACGCGUGCUGGAGAAGCGAUCUAAGAAGAAUGCCGGGACGCCAAGAUCCGCAGACAGUCCGACCGACUUGGUUCGGGGUAAGGCCUCGAGACUCGUUGAAACGGCAAGCUUUCCUCUCGUCUACGAGCACGCCAUCCUGCCAUUCCUCUCCGAAUUCUUACCCAAGUGGGUGGGUAGCCGCCAUGUAGUUAGUGUCAUGAGAGGCAAAACCUCCCAGAUGAGGCGCAUCUGCAUCAUGACGAGGCACAAGAUCUCCCGCACCCGUAAGAUGAUAAUCGUGCGCCACGUUCAGGAUCUCCUUCCAGAAACAUUCCGUCGCUUCGUUUCCUUCGUUUUCUCUCUGGGCGAAAUUGAUCGCACUACAUGGGCUAGAGGCUUGAGUAGGCAUCAAAUGGAUGAUAUCUGUAUUCCCCGAAACCCCUACUUCUUUCGAAAUCCCUGCAUGGGCGACAGCAUCGGCAUAUGCGGCAACGGCACCUUUGAGGAUAGUACCGCCACUUUAGGUCCCAAUCUUAUUGUUGGAGGUGGCAGUUAUUGGCUGGGAAACUUCCAUCCUUUCCUCGACGCGUAUCAACACCUCCAGACUGUGGUGGUCGAACAUCCCUCCCUCCAGGAUCGGGGGCGCUGCAUUGCAGAAGGUCACGAUGCUAUGUCGCAAGAAGAUAGCUUCAAGCUUGGCAACCUCGAGGUGACCUCUGGACUCAACCUUCAGACGACUCGAAUAUCUCAUGAUCCAUAUUGGGAAGAGUGUGACAAGGAGCAGCCUUUGAUAGUUACCGACUGGUCACUCAUCGCUGCCCGCACCUCCCAUGCCAACCUUCUUCGCCGCUUCCCAUCGGAGACCCAACCACUUCUGAGGGAAACUCCCAUCACAUCCACUGGAGUUGUCAUUCCUGGGGCCUGCGUCACCUCAAGUGGCCGUACGUCAGGUCAUCAACGUGGCCAGGUUUGUGAGAUUCCAGCAUAUGUCAGUGGGGAUGAGAACGGCACUCGGAAGGCCACAAGAGAGUGGUUCAUAGAGGAGCCAUACCCUUGCGAUAAUGAAGAGGAAUGGAUCCGUGGAGGAAUUGGUGUUGAGGGCGAUAGCGGUGCGGCCGUUGUUGACUCCAAUACACAUGCCCUCAUUGGACACCUCUGGGGUCGCAACCGUUACUGGGGACCUGGGCCGCGACAUACCUUCUUCACUCCAAUCGCGGAUAUCUUCGACGACAUCCAGGAGAAGUGUGGGCAACAAACACGUCCCCGGCUUCCACAGCACCGCGAUGAAGCAGAUUGCUUUCCGCCAUUUCCAUCGUGCCGACAGUGCUACGACCUGCGUACCUACCUGGACAGCCGAAGGAGUUCACGCAUGUCACUACAAAGUAUGAUCAUGGGCAAAGGCGAUUCCGAUCAGGACCUCACCUCUAUUGAGGCUGUCUCGGAACUAGCUACGCCGCGGGACUACCAUCGCUUCGUGGGUGUCGAGGAGACGGGUUCUUCCUUCAACGUCAACGGCAGCUUCUGCCCCGGAACCCCGGCUAUAGCUGACAUCAAGAGCCCGUAUGCAACGACACUAGAACUCGACGACCCAUACGUCACGGAGUUUGCUGCCCCGGAGGGUCUUCGGAAGAGAGGGCCCAUAUUCAGCACCAACUCAAGCCAAGAGAGGCAAAAGAGGCAGAGAGUGGAGGAAUGA